ACGCCGCUGCACCUGGCUGCGCUGCACGGCCACGAGGACGCCGCUGUGCUGCUGGUGGUGCGCUUGGGUGCCCAGGUGAACGUGCGUGACCACAGCGGGCGUCGCGCCUACCAGUACCUGCGGCCUGGCUCCUCGUACGCGUUGCGCCGCCUUCUUGGCGAUCCAGGCCUGCGAAGCACCACGGAGCCAGACGCGACCGGUGGUGGAAGUGGCAGUCUUGCUGCCAGGCGCCCGGUGCAGGUGGCCGCCACCAUCCUCAGUUCCACCACCAGUGCAUUUUUGGGCGUCCUGGCCGACGACCUCAUGCUCCAGGACCUGGCCCGAGGCUUGAAGAAGUCGAGCUCCUUCAGUAAGUUCUUGAGCGCGUCGCCCAUGGCUCCACGUAAAAAGACAAAGAUCCGCAGUGGUCUGCCAGCCUUCUCAGAAAUCUCUCGUCGACCUACUCCGGGGCCUUUAGCUGGUCUAGUGCCCAGUUUGCCUCCAACAACCUGAAGGUCCCUGGGACUACCACCUGGUUGAUCUAUCGUGGCCUGCUCCUGGCAGUCUAAACCCGCCCAAGACUGCAGCCCAGUCAACGCCUGGAGCCGCAUUCUGUUUCCAGCUUUGUCCACUGCAGCCUGUUUUACCCAGAUGGGCCUGCACUUCCAGCUUCUCUCUGAAGCAUGACCCAUCUCCAGAGAUGGGAUUUGAGAAAUCAGUGAGAGCUUUCUAUAAAGAACUCCAGGAGACAGGCCUGAACUCUGGAGGGAACUUGAAAUCCAGGGUCAAAGGUUAAGGGGCAGCAGCUGGUCUGGCCCCUGAAUGCGUUCACCUGAUGCCUCUGCAGCUACACAAUCCCAAGCCAGAACUAGAGCAAGGGUCUGUUUAAAUGUUGAAAGACGUUAGGCUGUCAGCUCUAAGAUAUGCGGUGGUUUUACAAUUUGAUGCAUUUAUUCUGUUUUUAAAAUGAAAUGAGGUAAAGCAACUUUCAUAAUAACCUUUUGAAAUUAUAUUUUUCAACUUUUUAGGCAAAGUGCUUAGACAUUUUUCAAUUUUUUUUGCUAAAUACUUUGGAAUUCUAUUUAAAAAAUAGAUGAUCAAGAUCUAAAGGAAAUUAAUCCCAACCAACAAACUUAAAAGUUUAUCUACCUCAUUUUAGGCAAUCAAGAUUCUGGAGAGUCUUGAACACAGAAUAACGAUUGUGACCAUUAUGAAUGUAACUAAUUUCAGUUGUACUGUGAAUGCUAAAUAUUUGCAAACAAGUACAUCCUGAAAGUAAAGGUGACUUAGAGAAAAGAGACAUUUUGGCAGAUACUUUUAAUUUGUGAUUGUCUUCAUCAUGAAAUAUAAACAUGUGUUUAGUACUUGUGGGUGACUAUUUUGAUUUGGCAUGAAUACUUAAUUUUAAAAAUUGUGGUUUGUGAAUUGCACCUUGGUGCUGUGUUUCUGAAUCUGGUUUUCAAAUCCAGUGGAGCCUUUCAGUGCAAUAGGUGAAUAUUCAAAGAAAAAAAGUCAUAGUAUUAUGACAGAAAAAUAAGCGAUUAAAUAGUAAUGGAUACAAUUAAGGAGCAACUAUUUUAUAUGACUGUUCUGUACAAACAAAAAGUAUGUAAUAUCCAUUUUAAAAAAACAUUUGAAAGCAGACAGCUUAUUCCAAAAUAGCAAAUGCAGAAUCUCUGCUCGGUGAGCUUGGAUGAGUGGCUUAACUUCUCUGGGCCUUUGUUCCUAUCUGUAAAUGAGAAAGUUUGUAGAUAAUUGCCAAGAUUUCCCAGGCUUAAUACAGUGUAAUUUUUUUCUGUUUUUAAAGAUAUGAAAUCUAUUUACUCAACCAAUUUCUUAAAUAUCAUAUUGUGAUAAUGUUCUGCUUUUGCAAAUUGUGUUUGCAUGUCAUUAGUUAUAUCAAAUAGUUUUGUGGCACAGGGUAGUGGAGUUUCCCUCCCCACCCCCAUAUGUAUCAGUGAAGCCUUUGAAAUUAUUUAAGGCAGUCUUUCAUGGAAUGUUUUGAUUGAGCAAUGAAAUAAACAGUCCUCCAUUUUGUUUCUGCUUGA